AUGUUUAAUCCAUACGAUCCACGAAGGGUCUACAUCGAUCCGAACCCGAGUAGCGCCUCCAUCUCUUUCCCCUACACUUCUGCCACGGACUCUACCCAGGUGCCGCUUGGGUCCAGACCUGAGGGAAAUGUUCUGUAUGUGACGCCACCUUUUCCCUCACAGGUAUCAGGGACCCCAUCGGCUUCCAACAGCACAACAGAGUUCGCCAACUCGCAGCUGCUGGGCACUCACUCGGCGAGCCUCAAGACUGGUGAGACAUCCACCGCCGCCACCAUGGGCGCCCCGGCCACCGCCGCUUCGUCUGUUUCCCUUGUGAACUUGAUGCAGCCCUCACAGUCACCGUCGAACAUCUCGUAUGAUCCUUCUCGGAUGAGCAGUAACACAACGACGUCGUUCUCACGAUACCCCGCAGCGCAGACGGUGUUCUCGCAGCCUAACACACCUCUGCAAGCCACGCAGACGCAGAUCCUACAACAACCGCUCGUGCUUCAGGCCCACUCUCCUUCGCAAGCCUUUACUGCACAGGGGACAGCGGCCACACCGCCAUCGAGGCAGCGGCUCAUGUUAAUCUCUGGUCCUGCUCCGACGACGUCCAUGAGCCCCUUUUACCCAUAUCAGACCGCCGCAGCAACAGGCGCUGCCGCGGCCAUACAGAGCGGCUCCUCUCAUCACCCACCCUCCGCGACUACCCAGCUUAUUUCGCCACUGCAACUCACCUCGCCCACCUCGCAGGGCCACGCCGGGAGUGGAAACUUCGCUUACGUUGUAGAGUCCGGCUCACCCGCUCCGCUUCUCGCGUACUCGGUGCCUCAACCGCCCUUUGUCUCCAUCGCCAGUCAGCACUGGCCGCCUGCCGCGGCCGUGACCAUGCUAUCGAGUGCCUCGGAAACGCCGACCAUGGGCGGGGCCGGGCCC